ACAAAGCGACCACAACAAACCCUCAGGUUCGAGGUUCGGAGACGUCUAUCCGGCGAACGCAACUUGUGUUGUGAAUGGUAAACAUACGGAAGAUAUGAUAAUUCCUGAUUCAGGAGAGAGUCAUGGUACACUCAAACAAUUGGACAGUUGAAGCCACAAGUAACAAGAUGUGAAAAAAACGAAAAUGUCCUUGAAAUAAACCCAUCUUCCAGUCAGCACCGAAACGAGCAGUCCGAUGAGUUUCAGCCGAUAACAAGAACUGACCCCAAAAGCAAGAUCUAACCCUUCCAAAAGUCAUGUGGAUAUUUCAACAAGUCCCCAACUAGGAAGUGAACACCUUCCUAUAAUCCUAUAAGAUUUCAAAGUUGGAAAGAGGCAGAGUGCCAAGCAUGUAUGGACAGAUAGCUGGGUCUUAGACAAAGCUGUGCACACACCAUUAUGCUGGCACAUGUUGAAUUUUACAGACUGAUGUAUUUUUAGGACUCCAUAUAUAUUGUGUUAAUCUAGAAACUCAAACCUCGCUAAAAUGUCAGUUAUAUAUGCUGGAGCUGAGAGUGUGAUAUUGGACCAUGAGAUGUGGAUGCUGGAGCACUAUUGCUUGAGAGGGGAAGUUGACCGUUCAGCAAAUAAAAAAAAAAGUUUCAGAUGUUGUUUGACCUUCGAACUCCAUUUCUUAUGGAUGGGCAAGCUGAGAAAAUUGCUACCCAGUUAGAAGGAAAGGAAACUAAGUCAAGAAAAAGAAAGAGAGAGCACAAAACGAUGACUCCUCAAGAUAACCCUGAGGAAAAGCACAUCCAGGAAGUGUUUACAGCCCUUCGCCUAAGGCCUGAAUAUAAGGAGGUGUUUUGCUAUGUCCCAAGCAGUGACGACUUCAGGAAAAACAACAGUUUGAUACGUGCAAUGAGGAAAAGAUUUACAGAAAUCUCAAACAUCACGUUCCCAGUCCUUGACGAAUCACACAAGAAUUUAAACAUUGGCGUCCAAGAAAUAGAAAAGAACAAGUUCCUACUUCCGCCAAAUGUCCGGUAUAUUUGUGAUGAUGUUAGUAAUCUACUGCCACAUGUGUCAGGAGAUCAAUUUGACAUCGUUGUUAUGGACCCCCCAUGGCUGAAUAAAUAUGUAAAGAGACGUUGCCUUGCUCAUGGAGAUCAUCAUGGGUAUGAUAUGAUGCCAGUCAGCGAUAUUCUUGCUCUACCUGUGAGUAAGAUCUUGAGUCCAAAGGCCCUGGUGGUCAUCUGGUGCACUAAUAAUGCCAGUAUUAUGGAGGAGUUUGUUCAAGGGCUGCACAAGUGGGGUGUUCACUUGGUGGCGACCUGGUAUUGGUUAAAGGUUACCAGAGGUGGGGAGCCCGUGACACCCUUUGUUGCCAGUCAUGGUAAACGACCAUAUGAACGCUUACUGAUUGCAAGCAACUGUGAGAAAGACAAAGACAGAAUUCCAGAUGGAGUAGUAAUAUGCAGUGUUCCCAGUGGAAUCCACUCCCACAAACCACCAUUAGAUGAACUUCUGAAGAGAUUUUCAUCACCAGAACCAAGGUGUUUGGAACUAUUCUGCAGGAGUUUGUUGCCUGAAUGGACAUGCUAUGGGUUGGAAGUGGUCCGUCUGAAUCAUUCAUUCCUGUUUGAAGAUGAAACCUUGUAAUCUGGCACAACAUUGUAAUUUCUGAAAUGUUUGCAUUCCAGCCAUUAAAGGGACAGUCUACCAAAAA